AUGCCGGGUUCUUCGAGGAUGCCUAUCAGUCUUCGGGGUAGUCUUGACUCCGUCAAGAAGAGGAAGCCCAAGAUGUCGUCACUGUCGCUAGGAAUGAUUAACCUCGACCUCAUUCGAAACAUUGUCUUCUUCUUCUUCGUCCUACGAUGGACGCGCCGUACCUGGUGGAAGCUCAAGGGACGCGGUAUCAUCGGCGCUCUCCUCGAGCUGUACCACGACAUUCGUCGCAUCGCAUACGGCUACUUCCUCCGCGCACCUGGCGUGCGUAGCCAGGUGCAGAAACAAGUGCGCGAGUCGCUCUCCAAGGUGGCCGACAAACUCAUCACGACCGACAUGACGCGCCACCUCGUGCUGCCCAAGGAGGGCAUGGCCGAGGAAGCUGUCCGGGCCGAGCUCAAGCAGCUCGCUGACAUGGACCAUACGCGAUGGGAGGAUGGCUUCGUCUCCGGCGCCGUGUACCAUGGCGAGGAGAAACUGAUGCAGCUUCAGACGGAGGCGUUUGGCAAGUUCACGGUCGCGAACCCCAUUCACCCUGAUGUGUUCCCCGGCGUGCGCAAGAUGGAGGCCGAGAUCGUGAGCAUGGUGCUCAACCUGUUCAACGCGCCACCAGGUGCGGCCGGCGUGUCGACCGCAGGUGGCUCGGAGAGUAUCCUCAUGGCCUGUCUGUCCGCGAGGCAGCGUGGGUACGUCGAACGCGGCAUCACCGAGCCCGAGAUGAUCCUCCCCGAGACGGGGCACACCGCGUUCCGCAAGGCCGGCCAGUACUUUGGCAUCAAGAUCCACCUCGUGGCGUGCCCUGCGCCCAGCUACCAGGUCGAUGUUCGCGCCGUAUCGAGGCUCAUCAACAGCAACACCAUCAUGCUCGUGGGGUCGGCGCCCAACUUCCCCCACGGCAUCAUCGACGGCAUUGCUGCCCUGUCAAAGCUCGCACUGCGCAAGAAGCUCUGCCUCCACGUCGACUGCUGUUUGGGCUCGUUCCUCGUGCCCUUCCUCGACAAGGCCGGCUUCGAGACGCAGCUGUUUGAUUUCCGCCUCAAGGGUGUCACGAGCAUCAGCUGUGAUACGCACAAGUAUGGCUUCGCGCCCAAAGGCAAUUCCACCGUGCUCUAUCGCACGUCUGAGUUGCGGAAAUACCAGUACUUUGUCUCGCCUGACUGGUCUGGUGGCGUCUACGCGUCACCAGGUAUCGCCGGUUCCCGCCCUGGCGCCCUGAUCGCGGGCUGUUGGGCCAGUCUCAUGUCGGUCGGCGAGUCCGGCUACGUGGAUGCGUGUGUGAAGAUUGUUGGAACGACCAAGAAAAUCACCGAUUCGAUCCGCGAGACGCCGAUCUUGGGUGGUGAGCUUGAGAUUAUUGGUAAGCCGCUGGUGUCGGUUGUAGCCUUUACAGCCAAGAACCUCGACAUCUACGACAUUGCCGACGGUAUGAGCGGCAAGGGAUGGCACCUCAAUGCUCUGCAGAACCCUCCCGCCAUCCAUGUGGCUGUGACGCUGCCCAUUGCCAAGGUCUGGGAGAGACUUGUGUCCGACCUUGAGUCUGUGGUGGAGACGGAGCGCGAGAAGGAGCGCGUUCGCAUCGUGGAGGGCAAGGGAGCCAAGGGCAAGGCCGUGGGCGACUCGGCAGCUCUCUAUGGUGUAGCUGGAUCCUUGCCGAACAAGAGUGUGGUGGUGGAUCUCGCGAAUGGCUUCCUGGAUUUGCUAUACAAAGUAUGA